UCUAGCGCGUAGUAAAAUUUCAAAACAAAGCUGUUCGCACGCCGUUAACCUUCGUCGUCGUCGGUCUGUUUCGCAAUAAUGGGCUUUAUUAUAGCGACGAAGAACUGGAAAUAUCACCACAAAUGUGAUGCCGUGGUUUGAAUCGGGCUUUAUGCGAGGAAAAGAAUAUAAAAACUAUGUUAUACGUGUUUUAAACGCGUUGUUUCGACUUUAAGAUUUAGAUAAAUUUCAGUAUUUAGUGGACAUAAUCUGUGUCUAAGUUACCUUCUUUAUUCAUCUUUGAUAAUUGAUAUGAUAUAUUGCGAUGCGGGCUGCUUGACUGUUAAUUCAUAAUUGUAUUUUAGACUACAUAUCAAUUUAUCUGCUAACGAUUCACUGGUUUAGUCUGUUAGAGAGGUAGAGACGUAAUAAGGCAAUAUAAACCAAAGACUGAUCUGAGAUAUCAAGCUUUUUCUCCAAUAACUUUAGAAAAGAAACUAAAAUGGGGAAGAGAAAUUCUGCAGCAGGAGAGACAGCAGAAAUGAUGGAAGAUAAUGAAAAAGAAGUUAAUGUGGAGGGGGAAGCUGUCAUUUUGAAACAAAGAAUUACUCUUAUUAACGGUUGUGCCCUCAUUGUGGGUACCAUUAUUGGGUCUGGUAUAUUUAUUUCUCCCGUUGGAGUAUAUAAAGAAGUAAACUCUGUUGGAUGGAGUUUAAUUAUUUGGGCAAUUGGUGGUGUUUUUUCCACAAUUGGAGCAUUAUGUUAUGCUGAACUUGGAACGACAAUUGUCAAGUCUGGUGGGGACUAUGCCUACAUUGAGGCAUUUUAUGGACCUCUUCCUGCAUUUUUGCGUCUUUGGAUAGCACUGUUGAUUAUUCGUCCAACUUCGCAAGCAGCGAUUGCGUUGACAUUCUCGUACUACCUAAUUCAACCAUUCUUUCCGAAUUGUUCAGAACUUAUGCCAGAAGGUUCUAUAAGACUCUUUGCAGCUGUAUGUCUGAUACUUUUGACGUUGGUAAAUUGCAUCAGUGUACGUGCAGCCACUAGAGUUCAAGACAUCUUCACAGCAGCUAAACUCUUGGCUCUAGGGCUCGUUAUUGUUCUUGGCUUGAUCCAAAUUGGCAAAGGAAAUGUGCAGUACCUCACACCGGAAGCUGCAUUUUCUGGAACUUCGAACGACGUCGGCAAUUUUGUUAUUGCUUUCUACAACAGUCUUUAUGCUUAUGGAGGCUGGAAUUACUUGAAUUUUGUCACAGAGGAGAUGAAGAACCCAUACAAAAAUCUUCCACGAGCUAUUAUGAUUUCACUACCUCUUGUAUCAGUCGUUUAUGUGAUGGCAAAUCUUGCAUACUUCACUGUUUUAUCUCCAGCCGAAUUUGUCAGUUCAAAUGCUGUCGCUGUGUUAUUCGGAGACAAGCUUCUUGGCGUAAUGUCUUGGAUCAUUCCAGUAUUCGUUUCUCUCUCGUGUUUUGGUUCAGUAAACGGAUCUAUUUUCACAUCCUCUAGAUUAUUUUUCGUUGGUGCACGUGAAGGACAACUCCCGAAUAUUCUUGCCAUGAUCCAUACAAAACACUACACUCCAGUACCAGCUCUCAUCUUCAACUGCCUUCUAUCAUUACUCUACCUGGUAUCUGGGGACAUUUGGAGUUUAAUCACUUACUUCAGUUUUUUCAACUGGUUGUGUGUUGGACUUGCCAUUUUUGGUCUUAUCUGGUGGAGAUUCAAGUAUCCUGAUAUGGAAAGACCAGUCAAGAUGCCACUCGCUCUACCAAUAACAUUUGCAUUGGCAGCCACUUUUCUGGUGGUCUCAGCAAUCUAUGCUGCGCCUAAAGAAUGUCUGAUCGGAACGUGUAUUGUGUUGACUGGCAUCCCUGUCUACCUUGUCGGAAUCCGCUAUCAAAGCAAACAACCUAGAUGGCUGGAUAUGGGAAUGCGCUACAUCACAAAUCAGAUGCAAUGUUUAUUUCAAGUCGUGUUUCAGGAAUCAUAAGGAGGAAAAGGGAUCCCAAAAAAAUAACAUGUCACCAUUGGCCUUCAGAAACUACUUGGCGUUGUUUUCCAAGAAGAGGACUUCAAAAGUUCCUAGUAUCUACCAUAUUUCUAAAAUCAGCAAUUCCUGUCAGUGGUUUACGUAUCGCGCACCCCUUUGGAUUUGAUAGCUUAUCACUCGUUGAUGCAUUUCUAUCCAUGACUUACAAUCGCUGUCGCAACUGCAUUUAGCAAUGGGGAAUUUAUUUGGAAAAAAAACUAUUUUAUGAGUAGUGUGGUGUUUUCCUUUUAAGUGUGUUUUUUAAUUUGCUUUGCUUAUUUUCGCUUUAUUUAUUGCUAGAACUUAUCGUCUUAUCAAGAAUUAUGGCCUUUGUGUCAUAUUAUGACACUAUGCGAUAAUGUUUGCUAGGCCUUUUUGAUCAAAACUAAAAAGUUUUGACAUCCAGAGACUCCACCAUAGUAGCAUGUUUCUAUAACAACUAAUUUAUAUUUCUUCGCACUGUUUUAUUAGAAAAAUAUCACAUGUACAUAUUUUGCUUUAUUUUAUUUCCAAGACACGUUUUAUUGGAAAUCAAAUGCUAGAUAUUACAAAAAAACUUGAUGUUGUAAAAAUCUUAUUUGCUAUUCCAUUUUUUUAAAACUAAUUAACUAUAGAAAACAUUCAUACCGCUGAAUUAUGAUAAAAAUAUUGUGCCGUGCUAAAUUGCUGAAACUUAAAACUGUGAUUCAGGUUUUGGUGCGCGGAGUUAUCACCACCACCGUCGAUAAAAAUACUGUAUUUUUGAAACUACGAAAUUUAGGAAAACUUUUCCAACAUUUUUCCCACUGGUUUUGUAGUGUUUUCGUUUAUCUAAAAAUAUUUUUGCGAAUCUAAUUAUUCGUGACCUUGUCUACACGCGUGACAUGGGUAAUGUUAUGACCGCUAUAAGCAUGUUUACGUUCGUGUUCUUUGUGAUUCCAUUACCACACAUAAACGUCCGUUCGACAUAGAUGCUAUUUUGGUUUCGUGAGUGUCGUGCUGUGCUGAUGUCAUUCCGGUGAAUGUAUAUAUUUAGAUACGACCUUGUCUAUCGAUGAUGCCAGCGUCAUUAAGAAUUAUUUCACUUCAAAAUUUGCAUUCGAAGCCUCCCGGGCGCCGUGUUUUUUUUUUAUACAAAUGACGUACUUGAUGUCGUUUACUUGUUGUUUAUGAAAUAUUGGUUAUCAUUUGUAUCUUCUUCAUUUACUGACGAGUUAAUAUUCUUGUAAACUUGAACAUUGACCGAAUUAGAUAAAUCACGAAAUGUGCCAUUUGGCAUUUAUAUUAUAUUAGUGGAAAAUAAUAUCACUAUCCAGCAAUUGUUAAAAAUGAAUUUGAUAGAGCCAUUGAAUCGUUUUAUCAGUUGUGAGACUACCUCAUGAUUAGUCUUUUAUUGCGAUAGAGGUGCAAUGUUCAAUUUUAUUUAUUUUCUGAAGAUUGUUGCAGACCUAAAAAAUAUUCAUUCGAUGAAGUGUAAAAUGCUUCGACUAUCUCAUACAUAUUACUGUUUCCUGAAAGCGAAAGUGUGCUUGUUUGUGCCUUUAUACUUUAUAAUGACCAGUAUUGUGCCAUGCUGUAUGAUAUGUCCCAUAAUAUGUACCAUUUUUGUGUUGAUGUUCUCUUGCGAUUUGAAUUUCGGCGUAAUUGAUUUUGGCUUUUUAAAAGUUUGAUCGCAUUUUCUUGCGAUAUUGUUAAAUGUUUACUCUGUCCGCUUACAUACUUACAAAUAAAAUUAGGAAGACUGAAAGCCGUUAGGUUAUAUGAUUUUUCUUUAGAGCGAUAUGUGGGGAAACUAGAAAUAUGUCUUUAUUUUUCAAUGAAUUGUCACUAGACUGAUUUAGAUAAACACCACAAACUCGCUUUUGCAGUGUUUCUGCUGUUUGUACCCAACUUCAAUGAGUACUAUCAAUUUUCAGUCCUUGCAAUUGGCUCUUUGUUUCGAGAUCUUUAUAACUCGUUCGAACGGGAAUAUUUGAUUUUGCCUUAGUUUAAAAAUUGUUAAACUGGCUAAAAACUUUCUUUCUGUUGAUUGAAUUAACGCGAUAUGUCAGUGGUUUUUCUUCAAUGUCCGUGGGAAAAUGAACUGGUGUCGAAUAAAGUAUUUUACGAUACAUGA